AUGUUGAUGAUAACUGUGCUAAUAACUUUGCUUCUUUAUGCGGAGCACAGUUUUUGCACGAAUAUUCCUGUUUUGCUAAACACCAACACAAAUCCCGAGAAACCGAUCUUCACCGAAUCAGCGACGAUCAUCACUAUGCAGUCGGGUGACCUAAGCGAUAUUGAGAAUUGCCCAGAGAUGAAGAGAAAUGGAAGCAGUGAUGGCCCUUGGGUCCCGUGUAACUUUUUGAGUGAAACGUUCGUCCGUUGUGAGACACCAAUCUUGGCCAAUUCCUCCCCAAACGCAACCAUUAAAGGGACUUGCGCCCGUUUUGGCGGCUUGAACUAUGAAGAUGUCCUACGCACCAAUGUCAGUUGUUCAGUCAUCGGCUGUAUUGAGUGCUACGGACCUAGGACUUUCUACCGUGAAGUACCGUGUGUAAAAUACACUGGUCAUUAUUUUCUGUCAACUUUGCUUUAUAGCAUAUUCUUGGGAAUGAUCGCUGUUGAUCGUUUUUGCCUUGGCUAUUCAGCGAUCGCCGUCGGGAAAUUGAUGACACUGGGCGGGUUGGGCGUUUGGUGGAUUAUCGAUAUUUGUUUACUUGUCACUGGAAAUUUGAUGCCCGCAGAUGAGUCGAAUUGGGAACCUUACUAU